AAAAAACCCAAAAUACCUGUGGAUCUAUUUCGUGUAUUAGAAAUUCCACAAAAAAAUCACAAUAUGCCAACAUAUAGGUCGGCCAACAGGUAUGUGCCGUAUACCACCAAAUAUCGUGGCAAAACAUAUAUCUACGUAGAACGUGAUGAUGAUAGUGAUUAUAUUUGUGACAUAUCAUCUAGUGAUGUGAUCACUUCAUCCGAUAGCGAGGUUGACGAAGUGGAUAUUAACGAGAUAUAUGGAUAUAGUGGUGGUAAACAUAAAACAUUGAUCGACAUAAUACUACGACCUAGUGGUGACCAAGGUACUAGUGGUACUACACCAAGUGGUACAACACAACAUAGUGGUGAUAUACCUAGUGAUACCACUACACCUAGUGACACCACCACAUACAGUGAUAACCACUCGUAUGGUGAUACCCACUUUAUUAUACAAAUACAAGAUCGACAACUCGGUGGUGGUAAUAAUACAUAUAUAUAUGAUGUGGGUGGUGACACAAAUAGUGGGACACAGAUAUAUCGUGGUACCAAUCUAACUAGUGGUAGUAAUCUAUAUAGUAGUAACCACAUAUAUAGUGGUAACCACAUAUAUAGUGGUACCGAUCUAAUCCACGACUCAUUAUAUAGUGAUCGACAUAUAGAUAUAUAUGAAGAAUUGUUAAAACGUAAAGAAAAGGAGCUAUAUGGUGGGGACGACACCAAGUGGUAG